CCGUGGUGCCCGCCUCAACACCAGCCACGUGUGGGCGCUAGUGACUAAGCCCACUGCAUCGGGACAGCUCGUCCUGCACUCCAAGCAGCUCCAAGGCUGUUCGAGCACCCGUCCUAUGCCCACGACGCUUGAUGCGACGCCCGCCUGUCGCCUGCCGCCGAGCAGCGCAUUCGCUCCAGUCGACUUCUCUGCCGCACAUCUGGAUCUCUGACGACCUUCUUUCGCGCGCCGUGCACCGCUUUUUCCGCGCCGAUUGCCCGCAUCAAAAGAGACAUGGCAGUCAUGUCCCGGGGCCAUUGGAAGCCAGGAGGAGGGCGGCAAAGAGGAGAAUGACUGCCCAGGCGGGCUUCUAUCCUGCGGGCGUAGUACCGCCUCCCAUAUUCAGCUUCGGGGCCUUGUUUGGCUUCCCUGGGAGAGGAGAACCGAGCUGGAGAUAUGAGCCGCCAUCUCUACAGAAGACGGAUCCAUUGAGCCUGCCCGUGGAAAAUGUCCCGACAUUGUCAGUUUCUAGUCCGUCCCGCAUGCCGCCCAAGUCCCCCGGACGCCCCAGAGCUAGCAUCCCACGAGGAUCCUUCGCUCUAAUGGAUGCACCACAAUCCACGCCGCAAAGUCAGCUUGAGAAUGAGCAGGCGCCCGCGGAGCGACAUAUAAGGCAGACGCUCGACAAAGCUGACAUCGACGGAUGUUUUGCAAAGUUUGUUGAGCAGAUUACCACUGCGAGCACACUCCCGGAAAACGCCCGCUGUAAUCGAUUACAGGAGAUCCUUCGAUCAUCCUGUCCUGCCAAUGAUAGUGCUGGACAUUUCAGCCUCUUAGUGCUGAAAUACCUCAAGGGAGAGCAAUGGUCCGCAGGCCACGUCAUAGCUAGUCUCUCCGACCCACAUGUUCCCCUACCUCCCAUCUACUCGUUUGAAGGAUUAGAGUUCUUGAAGGGCCUGGAAGAGAUGACAGCGACCACACCACACCGGAUCCGGGGGAUCAAUCGGAUGUACCAGAAACUAGCGGACGCAGCUCGAAGCGCCCCAACAUCGAACGGGCACAGUCAAGAUUCUAGCUUGCGUCUUCUCAUACGAGGACUCUGGGACUCUGCUUGGACACGAGUGGAAGCCGUCGAUGCAUCCACCGGCGAAUUGAUGCGCGAAAUGUGCAAGAAGAUCUCCGACGUGAGACUUCGGAAGCAUCUGACGCCAAUUGUGGAAGACCCCAAAAAUUCCGUGGAUCAAAUUAUCUCAUUGGUCACCGCCUGCACGAAAAAUCCGGAAUUAAUUCCUUCGGGGCUCGAAUUGCUGGGAUAUAUCCCGCUGACGCCCUUCCGCUUCUGGACUACUGUUCUGUCCUCUCGGCUCCUGAAGUCAAAACAGAGAACACCGGGCUCGAGUGUAAGCCCUAGAAAACUCGAGUGUCUCGAGACGUGGUUGAAACUCCUCUACAGCUUGGAUGAUAAGGCCACCAACGUGGUCGGACAUGUGUCACUCUCGGACUUGGCGUUCAAGGACCUGGCACUGCAGUUCCUAAAUCCUUGCCGCGCCGUGGUUCCGCCCCAUGCACUCGUUACCGCCUUGCUAUACAGCUUAGCUGGCCAUAGCUCGUUCGCCAAUGUCUCUUCGGAACGCGCAAGUGAAUUCAUUACAUCGUAUGCGCCCGGUCUGCUGAAGCAGCACGCUACGGGGCUUCCUCUCAAUGAGAUGCUGGCGCGCCUAAUCCUUCAACUGGAGGAAGCGUCGUUACCGAACCAUGGAGUUCUCGAGCUGAUACUUCCCCUCCUCCAUCGGCGCAAGGGACUUCAGUUGGCGCUGGACCUGCUUAGACUGGUUGAAAGAAGAGGCUCGGCACUAUCCCAGACUGCCUGCCUUGAAGCUUAUAUGGCGCAAGUCCUGGGCGAAGUACGUAACACGAGCACUUCGACUGAACAAGAACGUCAACACAGAGCUCUGGCGCUUCACGCUUGUCAAGAGCUUCAGCAACUAAUCGCAGGACUUGGGGCUCGGGUACGCGCGCAAGGGGAAGAGCUAGAGGCUUUACAAGCUCGUCGGCAAUUCCAGCAUAUCCUCGAUCGCGCCAAUGAUGCUCACAUCGUACCUUUGGCCUACCGAAAGACAAUGGCCGACAUACCAUUACAGCUGCGUGUGGAGCUUAUUCACCAGUUCGCCCACCAGUACUCCAUUGACCGCACCAGAAGCCACUGCCAGAGUUGGCGCUCCAUCUACUAUUUGUACAAAUACCUGCGCUACAACAAACUUGAUAUCGGCCCGCUGUUUACGAAGGCCGUGGUUCGCGUGUGCGUUACGCGGCCUUUGUCUGAAAACCGCUUUGUCGGCGCACGACGCUUGACCUGGGUCUGCCAAAUGGUGGCUCCGGUGGAGGGCGAAGAUGUGGCGAGAAAAAUCGAGCACAUAUUCUGGGUUUGGAGAGGAGAUCUCAUCUUGCAUUCUAAGAAGACGCUGAUAGCUUAUGGUGGCCAUGGAGAUGCGCAUGUGAGUACUAUGAAGAGGCUUGGGCUGAUAUAAACAAGAAAUCAUAUGAAUAUAUCCUUCUAUCCGUCUAAAAGAAACUUGCCAACUUUUACUCAUUGCCUUCGCCUUUCGGUCACCA